GCCAAGGCAAACAGUCCAGGGCUGGGGCAGACGAGAGGACAGACAUCUGCAGCUGCCAUGGAUGUGCCCUGGCCCCUGGGGUGGAUUCUGCUUCUCUUGGGAAGCCCCCUUACCCAAGCUGAGCCUCUCAGGUACAUCCUGGUGACCCCCCGAGUCCUGAGGGUCGGCAGCCCAGAGAACAUCCACAUUCAGGCCCAUUCGGACUCCAGGCAGCCCCUCACAAGGACCCUGGAGGUGAACCUCACAGUGUGGGACUUCCCCAGGAAGAAGACAGUGUUGGCAAGGAGCCAGCUCAUUCUCUCACCAGGAAAUAACUUUAUGGGCCAGGCACCUGUGACGGGCAGCAAUAUGUCAUCAUCCGGGCAACUUGGGCACCCAGUUCAGUCUCCUCAUUCAUGGAGAAGAUGGUGCUGGUGGCUCCUCAUGCUGGUUACAUCUUCAUCCAGACAGACAAGACCAUCUACACACCUGAGCACUUGGAGUCCUCCUUCUCCCCCAGUUCAGUACCGGGUGUUCACUGUGAACCACAGGAUGGACCCUGUGGCCAAGAUAUUCAUUCUGGACAUCAAGAACCCGAAUGGAAUCCCUGUGACUAGCCAGAGUGUGUUGGCCAAGGACGGCUUCUUUUACAGCUCCUUUCACCUCCCAGAGCUUGUCAGUUUGGGGACCUGGACCAUCGAAGCCCGCUACCAAUGUGCACCCAGGCAGAGGUUCAAGGCUGCCUUUGAUGUGAAGGAAUAUGUCCUCCCAUCUUUUGAGGUCCAGCUGAUCCCCAACAGGACUUUCUUCUCCCUCAACGAUGAGGCUCUGGGCAUUGAUAUCCAGGCUCGGUAUAUAUUUAACAAGCCGGUGGACGGACAUGCUCUGGUCAUCUUCGGGGUAAAGUUGGAUUCCCGCCGGAUCCUUAUCCAAAGCUCCCUGCAGACGGUGGAGAUCUCUGAAGGCCUGGGCCACAUCUCUCUCCAGAAGGACAUGCUGACGUCCACAUUCCAAGGCCCAGAAAAGGACUUCAUUGGAGGCUCAAUCUUCGUCAAUGUCACCGUGUUCUCCUCAGGGGGUGAGAUGGUGCAAACUGAGACCUCAGGGGUGAAGAUCAUCCAGAGCCCAUACAACAUCAAGUUCACUAGGACACCCCAGUAUUUCAAGCCAGGAAUGCCCUUCCACUUUCGGGUCUUCGUCUCAAAUCCUGAUGGAUCCCCGGCUUCCAGAGUCCUUGUCCACUCCCCAAACCAAAAAGUGUAUACCUCGACUGAGGGUUUGGCCACUCUGACCGUCAACACAGAUGGAAAUAUGGACAAGCUCCCCGUCCAGGUGAAAACUGAACAAUCUCUUCGGCCAGAAGAGCAGGCUUCAGCCAGGAUGACAGCUUGGCCUUACUUGACUCAGGAUUCGUUAGGGAACUUCCUACACAUCGAAGUAAAGACACUGGAUACAGAGGUUGGCAGCAGCAUCCAGCUGAGCCUCAACACAAGGCACCAGAACCCUGAAACCAAGAACAGGAUCACUCACUUCACCAUCCUGGUCCUGAGUAAGGGCCAGACUGUGAGUGCUACACAUCAGCUAAAAGCCCAGGAGAGUGUCUACACGUCAGCCACUAUUGAUGUGACUUCAGAGAUGCUGCCCUCCUUCCGCAUUCUGGCCUUUUAUUUACUUCCCAGAGGAGGAAGCCAGAACCCUGAGCUGGUGGCUGAUUCCAUAUGGAUUGAUGUGAAUGAUGCAUGGGGACGCUGAAAGUUGGCUUGAAGAAUGAGGGAUUAUUCCAGCCUGUGGAGCCCAACAGCCUAGUGGAACUGAAGGUGACAGGUGAUGCAGAAGCCACAGUGGGGCUGGUGGCUGUGGACAAGGCUGUCUAUGCCUUGAACAGCAAACACAAGCUCACUCAGAAGAAGGUAAGAGCAUGUGGUCUUUGGGCCAAGAUAUUGCCAGGAUGUUCUAGCUGCAGCCUCAGCUUCUUCAGCCAUAAAGAGGACAGCAUCAGUGUAAGGACUCAAGGGGACGGUGCAGAGUCUAAUGACUGAAAGGUGAUAAGAGCUCAAAAAAUGGGAGAUAGUAUGAGAAUUAUUAUUUGAGCCUGCAAUUCCCAUUCACCACUGCUCCUUUCAUUUAGGAGUCAUGGAGAUCUCACAUCCAGGCUCCUCUCUUGUCCUCUAGGUCUGGGAUGUCGUGGAAGAACAUGACAUUGGCUGCCCAGCACGAAGUGGGAAAGACAGAUUUGCUGUGUUCAAGGAUGCUGGAUUGGACCUGAAAAUCAGCACAGGAAUGGAUAGCCUGGCAAGCUCAGAUUGGCCCUGCCCCCGGGACCUUCCUCCCAGCCGCCAUCACUGCUCCCUGAAGAGGAUGGAGACAAAGAGGCAGGUCAGUGUCAAAGCUGCAUGUCUCCCUCCAUCUCCCCAACCUACUGUAUCCAUCAGGGCUUAGAAUAGGACACCCAAAGCACUCUAGGUAUUUCUAGCAGAGAGGGAUCUAAUGGGGGGAGUUUGGUUCUUAUGAAAUCAUUAGAUGGGCUAUUGGGGUGGACGUUGGAAGGCUGCUUGCUGGGACUCAAGAUAACCCCAUGUCAGUCUUGCAAUCCAUGAAAUAUCAAGAAACUGCUGCCAAUAUCUCUCAUAAGGCUGGUAGGUUGAUAAUGAAACAUGGACUCAUGCCCAUUGCAAAAACACCCACAGACUGGAGCCCACCCAUCAGCUACCACUGCUGCGGGAAAAACGGUUUCUGCUUCUCUUCUAUCUCCCAGAUCUCUCGUGAGAGCAUCUCAGUGGCUGCAUCUAAUCCCAUUCAGAACCCCAGCAGCAAGGCAGUAUGGGGAAUGUAGUUUUCAGAUGUCUAGCCUCUGUGGUACAGGAAGGAAUGCAGACAAAAGGAGAAAGAGGUCUUGAGUGUCAUUGGACAAUAUCUAAACUGCCAUCCUGAAGACUAGAGUGUGAACCAGAAGAAGGGGUUUUGAGCCUGGAGUCAGGGGAAGAUGGGAGGCAGCACUGGGUGGUGUUAGAGGCAUGGAAUCUGAGGCUGGCACGGUGGCUCACUCCUGUAAACUCGGCACUUUGGGAGGCCAAGAGUAGGUGGAUCACUUGAGAUCAGGAGUUCGAGACCAGCCUGGCCAACAUGGUGAAACACUGUCUCUACUAAAAAUACAAAAAUGAGCAGGGUGUGGUGGUGGGCACCUGUAAUCCCAGCUACAUGGGAAGUUUAGGCAUGAGAAUCGCUUGAACCUGAGAGGCAGAAGUUGUAGUGAUCUGAGAUUGCACCACUGUGCUCCAGCCUGGGUGACAGAGCAAGACUUCAUCUCUUUUUUUUUUUUCUUUUUUUGAGAUGGAGUUUCGCUCUUGUUACCCAGGCUGGAGUGCAAUGGCGUGAUCUCGGCUCACUGCAACCUCCGCCCCCUGGGUUCAGGCAAUUCUCCUGCCUUAGCCUCCUGAGUAGCUGGGAUUACAGGCACAUGCCACCGUGCCCAGCUAAUUUUUUGUAUUUUUAGUAGAGACGGGGUUUCACCAUGUUGACCAGAAUGGUCUCGAUCUCUUGACCUCGUGAUCCACCCGCCUCGGCCUCCCAAAGUGCUGGGAUUACAGGAUUGAGCCACCGCGCCUGGCCAAUCUCUUUUUUUUUUAAAGAUGGGGUUUCACCCUGAUGGCCAGGCUGGUUUUGAACUCCUGACCUCAGGUGAUCCACCCACCUCAGCCUCCCAAAGUGCUAGGAUUACAGGUUUUAGCCACCACGCUUGGCCGCAAGACUUCAUCUCAAAAAAAAAAAAAAAAAAAAGCAGUAUGGAUUCUGGUCCCAGCUCAGCCACUUGGAAGCCUUGACUUUAGGCAAAUGAACUCACCUUUCUGUGGCUCAGCUUCCUUGUCAGAAGCUCACCAUGUGAGUUCAAUAUGAGGCUUCAGAAAGAGCACAGGUAAGGCACUAGACAUAGCAUCUGCCACAGGGUUAUCGCUAAAUAACGGCAAGGUGUGCAUAGCAUCAAGGUGAAUGGGUCCUAGCUUCUUAGAUCCUGCCCAACCCUUCCUCUUUCCCUCUAU